GAAAUAAGAACUGUGCGACAAGUCACUGAUAAAGAUGCUGUCAAACAAAAACUCACUGUUGUUGUGGAGGAUAACGGACAGCCCUCUCGCUCAGCUGUGGUCUCCAUUAACGUGGCUGUGGCUGACAGCUUUCCUGAAGUGCUUUCAGAGUUCACAGAUUUUACGCAUGAGAAACAAUAUAACGACAGCUUAACUUUUUAUUUAGUUCUGGCUCUGGCCGCUGUUUCCUUCCUAUUAAUCACUUGUGUGGUUGUGAUAAUAUCAGUUAAAAUCUACAGAUGGAGACAAUCUCGCUUCCUCUAUCAGUCCAAUCUGCCUGUUAUUCCGUACUAUCCACCGCAUUACGCAGACACAGGAGUCACUGGAACUCUGCCGCACGGCUAUAAUUAUGAAGUGUGCAUGACGACUGACUCGAGGAAAAGUGACUGUAAGUUUUCUACACUCGGGGGUCAGAGUGUUUUAGUGGUGGACCCCAGUUUUACUGAGACGAUGCAGCACACGAUCAAGAAAACGGAAGAAAACGUGGAUUCGGAACUGCAAAAGCCACCUAAUACUGACUGGCGAUUUCCCCCAAACCAGAGGCCUGGACCCAGCGGGGCUGGAGCACGUCCUGAAGAGGCAGGUGCCGGUGCUGGUGUGAUAGCAGGAACAGGACCAUGGCCCAACCCCCCUACUGAGGCUGAACAGCUCCAGGCUAUGAUGGCAGCAGCAAACGAAGAAAGAAACACACACAGGUUUGAAACAAGUGGACGCAAGUGAAGCCACUGCGACUCUUGGCCCUCGCUACAAUCUACAGUAUGGCCCGGAUUACCGUCAGAACGUCUACAUCCCAGGCAGCACUGCCACCCUUACAGCCAACCCUCAGCAACAGGUUCUCCAGCAGGCCCUUCCUCCACCACAGGCCCUUCCACCUACCGAAGUCCCCAAAGCGGCUCAAACACCAGCCAGUAAGAAGAAACCCACAAAGAAAGACAAGAAGUAAGACCUGUGGAAGAGCUGAAGAAACAUGUUGCCGGGAAUCUAAACAUCUAUCCUCUCAAACCAUGUUGGGUUUGGAUGAAGAUUUAAAAAGAAAAAAGUGAAUAGUAUUACUUGUUUUAGCGUUAACAUGAGACAAUAAGCAACCAAACAAGAGGAAAUGUGUUCAGAUUCCCGAAGCCCUUUCUCUGACAGAUAUCUCUGUCUUGUAAAUAGCAUACUAAAACAAGAAGAAACACAUUUCUUCUUUUUAUUUUUUCCCUCAAAUGUCACGUUUUAGGCUUUUUGUGUUCUUUUCAAAGCAAAGUAGAUGCUUAUUGUGGAUACAAAAUGAAACGCUGUUAGGCUUUUUAACAUGAUGUGCCACAACUCUCACCUUAACUGAAGAAAGGAGUAUUUAGCUGAACUAUGCAUUGCAAAGGAGAUACAAAAGGUGAACGUAUAUAUAAAGUGUUUUCCAGGUGAGAUAAUACAUGUAUAUUUGCGUAAAAAAAUCUGACGGUGAGACACUGGAUUGUCGGCAUGGUGUUUAAAAAUAGAUUCAGUCUUCUCAUUAACUUCUUAAUAGCCAGUUAAGCAGAGCUGAAUGUUAGGUUAAUGACGUUUGACUAUUCUUUGUUAUUAUUUCCUGUUGGCGUGCUAAAGAAUCCUCUGGAAAUGAAGUAAUGUAAACAGUGUUUUUUUGAUGCUGAGAAAAGAUAAUCACAGCCUUUGUAAGGUCAAUGAUUUGGGUCAAAGGAAGAAGAUCUAAAGAAGGAAACAGCAGAAAUGUGCUUGAAUGGAUCUUAGAUGGAAGGAUUUCAUGUCUGUUCAUCUGCACCUACCACCACUAUCGUGUAUAUAAAAUGUGUAACCUGUCUGUACAAACAUUAGAGCCACAAGGGCUGGCUGUUACAGGAAUGUUUCAGUAUUUUUUACAAAAAAAAAAACAACAAAAAAAGACACAAGAAAAAAAAAAGAUCCAGUGUAGUGUUUUAGGAAUAAAAGCUUCAAGUCCAUUGACUAACCAAACUGUACAUACUACGAAACUUCUGAUGACACGCAAUCGUAGCUUAAGGCUUGUGGAGUAUGUGCAUAUUUUUGUGUUUUCCCCCUCUUGAUUACACUUUACUUUCCUCUUCUCCAAUCACCUAAACCUUUGAAAGAUAACAGACAAUACUUAUACUGUCUUUGCUAUAGAGUAACACCCUUUCCCAUCUUACUGUACUUUUCUGUGCUUGUAAUUCCAAUCAGUCCUUAAUGAUACUGGAAUGCCACUCCUGUCUGUUUGACUUUGAAUAUCUAUCUAUCUAUCUAUAUAUAUAAAUGUCUGUCUGCUGCUUGGCUACUUUUUCUGUAUUUGACUGUGAUUCCUUUAAAGAAACGCUUAGCACCUCAUGUUACUCUUUUUAUUUUAUAAUCUACUAUUUAUAUCGCUGUUUGAUUUAUGUUUUACUUUAUUAUUGGAACACUUACAUUUGAAAUAAAAUUUUGUCAGAACUC